UUUAUUUUACGAAGGAGAAAAACGAAUAAGGUCGAUCGGAUACUAUCGUGCGUCUUCGGGUUGCACAGUGCACCGAGAUGCAAAAGCAAAAUGCAACAAGUGCAAGUAGCGUUCAUGAAUCAUAAUUGAUAACAAGUGAUAAGGAAUUGGAUUGAAAAAUUGAAUUUUUGAUCUGACUGUGUUGAAAGAGGAAGUUGAAGAGUGAAGACUAGAAAAAAUUGUUCGUGAAAAAUGACUGACACCGUUGAAACUGUGUAUCUAAACCAAGUGGAGAAACAACUAUUCAAACAUAUGAAUGAUCUAAGAAUGAAAAAUUUAUUUUGCGACGUGCGUUUCAACGUAAAUGGUACUAUGUUCCCCUGUCACCGGUUGGUUUUGGCUACCAUGUCUCCUUACUUUCAAGCAAUGUUCACUGGAAAUUUUAAGGAGAGUAAUUCCGAUACCAUUACUAUAAAAGAUAUUGAAACUGAAGUAUUCGAAGAGAUCUUGAACGCUAUGUACUCAGCCAGUAUUCGUUUUAGCCCUAGUAACGUUUAUUUCAUCUUGAAAGCCAGUCAUUUAUUGCAAUUGGAAGUUAUAGAAGACGCGUGUGUUUCUUACAUCAUGAACAAUCCCGUAAUCUAUUACUUGAUUGAAACCUGUGUAUUUGCCAGAAAUAUCCACCACGAUAAGUUAUAUUUGAAGUGCGUCGCGUUUAUAGCCGAAGCUAUUGUGGAAUAUGGAAUGACAGAUUCCUUUCAAAAGAUUCCGUUUGAUGUUUUUGAAGACCUUCUAAAACGUAGUCUAGUAGGUGAUAAAGACGAAGAAUUGAUAUUUCUGUCGAUAAUGAGAUGGGGUAAAGAGAAUAAUGCCAGUCGUAAAGAUAUUCAAAAGAUUAUAGAUACGGCUCACUUGAGAGCAUCCAAAUUUGUGAACUCUACGAUGAUGUCUCAAUUAUUAGUUACCUGUGAGUAUAAAUGUUUCGAUCAUAAGGACAGCGAAUAUGCCUCACAAUUGGAUAUCAAUUAUAGUAAUCAUCCAAAUUUACCUUUGAAGUUACAUGUGAAUGUUAUCAACGUGACAACGGGGCAACGCGGAUGGAGCAUUUUGACAACGAAUUAUGAUUUCGAUAGAUAUGUUUUGUCAGGAUUCUAUCCGACCAAUUCGCGUGAAAAAAAGGUCUGUCAAGUUGGAACGAAACUUUAUUGCUUUGAAUAUACUUCAGACCCCGUCUCACAAAAUUGUUUCUCGUAUUACAAUGAAUACGGCAUUAAGACUUCUCUACCCACACCGCCAACAGGGAUGAAGUUCUUUGAAUUUGAAAUGACAGCUGUAGGAGUAUCGAUAUAUUUAAUGGAUAUGAGCUUCCCCGAUUUCUCUGUUUGGCUUUACAAUUGUGAAACCAAUACUUGGCGAAAUGUACUGAAAACAGCUGAAUGUGAAAAUAUUCGUUGUAUUUCUACUACCACGUGCGUUUUUUCAGACAACAAGUUUUAUAUAAUCGCGAAGAAAGACAACAAGCUAAAAAACACUGUAUUUAUCCCGCAGACUAAAGAAAUUUUAAGUCCAGACGACCACUAUAUAUUCUCAAUUACUUGCUCCACCCUUAUUGUUGAAGAAUUGACUAAAAUACCUUUACUUAAUGCAUACAAAUAUUCCUCGAUUUGCGUAUUUAAUCGUAAAAUAGUAGUGUUUGGUACGUCUACUGAUGCAGGGUCUCGAAUGAAAAAAGAUAAUUUCAUGAUUUUUGACCUCGUUGAGUCUAAAUGGUCGAUGAAGUUGGACCAAAUGAAUGGUGACCAUGCAAGUUCUUGCCUAUUCCAUCACGAUGACGCUGUAUACGCAGUAGGUAAUGGUCUAACUUUGCUUCCCGGUGGAAAAUAUGAUCGGUCUUCGGAUAAAUGGAUUGAUUUGCCUCAUUUGCCUAGACGAAUCACAAUUUCAAAUACGAAUAAUGUUGUGGCCGUCGGAAAUGUAUUUGGUCUUGAAGUAUAACAUUAAUUAUCUAUCACCUCUUGAUGAAUUAUUUCUUCAAAAUGUCGUAUGUAUCAGUCUUUUUUUUUCAUUGUAGAGUUAUGAUUUAAUGGUUUUUGUAUUGUUGAUUUUUUACGAAGAUUCUUUUCUUUUUUUUUUAAAUAUAACCUAUUACCUUACUCA